AUGGCGUUGACGACGAAUAACAGUUACGUUCCACCUGAGGGCAGUCAGUUCAAUGCAUCGCUACACGAGCUCCUUCAUAGACAGGCGCGUGAUAAGGCGAACCCUCACAGCAAAGAAGCACUCGACGACAUUCACGACCAAUUGAGUACCAAAUCACGCAGACAACAACAGUGCAAGGAGUUCGAACGUGAGGCAUCGGGUGACGAAGUACUUUUACUCCGGCAGCACAACAAGCCUUACACACGCAAGCAACAGCAGGCGAGUGGUGGCCCGGACGCACCUAGCAGUGAGGACUCGUCCAGCGACAAUGGUUCGGCCAGUGAGGGCAUAUUCACACCUAGACCUUCACUACCCAAGAAGGACAAGACAGUUCCUAAGGGCAAGGAGACGGCCAGCACUUUACCCACAGUAGACGAUAUUGCGCAGAGCCGACAACAGCUCCAUGCACGCAUAAUCAAACUCAGUGAGGAACACUACCGUGCUAUAGACAUCAGCGACACACUUUGUGCAGUGGUUAUUCAACCGAUAUCAAAGACACUACGUGUAACAGUUUUGACUCACUUCAAGGCGGAGAAGUCUACACUCGACCAUAUUCGAGAUAAUACGGGACGACUAAAGGUGUGGACCCCGAUGCUACAGAUUAAACAGAUCUGUUAUCACGAGACACAAGCAACAGUGAACUCCGCUUUUCGCAAGUUGGCUAGAGGCCAGAACCACAACAUGCACCUCCCACUUAUGAAACAGAUGACCCAACUUAUGGAGAAUCAUAGACGUGCACACGAGCGUGACGACUCCGAUGCCGCGUUCAAACAGAACCUAUUGAAUCACUGCAUUGUACAGCUAUUAGAGUCCGCAUUCAACGGCCGUACAUACGAACGUACACUGCAACUAUUAACUUCCGUUCCUUCAGACGAUAAGUGCGCUCAUGUGCGUUAG